GUAUUAUCAGAAAUGCCGUCGGAAAGGUAUAAAUAGACACCAUUUGAUCAAGUUGAUGUCUAACAAAUCCUCAUCAAUCGCAAUCACUUCUACCGAAUACACUUAUCCCCAGCAUACUACUCCUCAAAAUGGUUUCAAACGUUUUCGUCACAGCUGCUACCAGUCAAUUGGGUUCAUUGACCGUUGAAGAUUUAUUGAAAGGAUCAGAAAGCAAAGAUAUCCAAAUCACAGUUGGUGUUCGUGAUCCAGCAAAAGUUCCAAAAGAAUGGACAUCUGCAGGUGUAAAAGUUGUCAAAGCUGACUACACAGAGAAUUCUGAACAAUGGGCUAAAACAUUACAAGGACAAGACAAGGUUCUUUUGAUUUCUUCAAAUACUGGAAUUGGUGCAGAACGUGUUCAACAACACAAGAAUGUGAUUGAUGGUGCUAAAAAGGCAGGAGUGAAAAUCUUAGCUUACACGAGUAUCCUCAAUGCUGAUCGCAUCAAACUCAUCUUAGCCCAAGAUCAUCAAGCAACAGAAGCAUACCUCAAAACAGUUGGAUUGCAGUAUGUCCUCUUGCGUAAUGGCUGGUACACGGAAAAUGUCUUUCAAUCAGCUGCUGGCUGGCCACAUACCCAUACACAUUUCUCUGCUGCAGGUGAUGCUAAGUUCUCAUACGCUUCUCGUGCUGAUUACGCAGCGGCGGCAGCAGCAGUCCUUCGACCUUCAUUCAAGCCCACCAAAGUUGCAUACGAACUUGGAGGUGAUAAAGCAUACACCUUGAGCGAAUUCACAGCAAUCGCAUCAAAAUCGUUAGGAUACGAGCUUAAACAUCAAUCACUUCCAAAAGAUGAUUACGUUCAAGUCUUGACAAAGAACGGAAUUCCUGAAGGAUUUGCAAACAUCUUUGCUGAUGCAGAUUAUUAUGCCGAAAAAGAUCAAAGUUUGUAUACUGAAAGUAAGGAUUUGUCCAUUUUGAUCGGUCGUCCUACUGAACCAAUUGAGGAAUUCAUUCCAAAGUACCUCAAGAAGUAGAGCUUUUCUCAUUGUUUCCUGUAUCCAUCUCUUAUUGACCCUUUAAUAGAUCUUGUCUUAUUUGAAAUUGUGUAUGAGGUUUAGCUUGCUUUAUCUUAAGCCUGCGUUCGGAAAUGUUACCCCACGUUGAUGACUCUAGCUCGG